AGAAGCGCUCACAGCGCUCCAGAGUGUAGAUCAGGAAAAGGGAAGGGAGCUGUUGGUGGCCAGCGUAUUUAGGACCAAAACAUAAAUAAUUUGGUUUUAAAGGCAACCGACAACAGAGGUACCCUGGGAUAUCGCCUUCGGAGACUUUCCGGUCACCGUUGGCGGCCUGACCAGAGUCGUGGUGACUAUUUUAAAGGCUGUUCCUGCUCACAAAGCGGCGUGCCGAGGAAGGACGCGUCUCUUUGAAUAGACAGGAUGCACGGACCGCCCUCCGGCGACAGCGCAUGCCCAUUGCGCACGAUCAAGAGAGUUCAGUUCGGCAUCAUCAGCCCAGAUGAGCUUAAACGGAUGUCAGUUACAGAAGGGGGAAUCAAAUACCCCGAAACAACAGAAGGUGGGCGUCCUAAACUUGGUGGCCUUAUGGACCCAAGACAAGGGGUCAUAGAACGAAGUGGAAGAUGUCAAACAUGUGCAGGCAACAUGACAGAGUGCCCAGGACACUUUGGGCACAUAGAACUGGCAAAGCCAGUCUUCCACGUUGGCUUCGUAACAAAGAUAAUGAAGGUUCUACGGUGUGUCUGCUUCUUUUGCUCCAAACUAUUAGUGGAUUCGAACAAUCCAAAGAUCAAAGACAUCCUGGUAAAAUCUAAAGGGCAGCCCAGGAAACGUUUGACACAUGUGUACGAGCUGUGCAAAGGAAAAAAUAUCUGUGAAGGAGGAGAGGAGAUGGACAACAAAUUCGGCAUGGAGCAGCAGGAGACAGAGGAGGACAUUACCAAGGAGAAGGGCCACGGCGGUUGUGGGCGCUACCAGCCACGUAUCAGACGCUCUGGCCUGGAGCUGUACGCCGAGUGGAAGCACGUUAAUGAGGAUUCUCAGGAGAAGAAAAUCCUGCUGAGUCCUGAGCGUGUGCAUGAGAUCUUCAAACGUAUCUCUGAUGAAGAGGACAUCAUCUUGGGCAUGGACCCCAAGUUUGCCCGGCCAGAAUGGAUGAUUGUAACUGUGUUGCCUGUGCCUCCGCUGGCUGUCAGACCUGCUGUAGUCAUGCAGGGCUCUGCUCGUAACCAGGAUGACUUGACCCACAAACUGGCUGACAUUGUCAAGAUCAACAACCAACUGAGAAGAAACGAGCAGAGCGGUGCAGCAGCUCACGUCAUAGCGGAGGACGUCAAACUGCUUCAGUUUCAUGUAGCCACCAUGGUGGACAAUGAAUUGCCAGGCCUGCCAAGGGCAAUGCAAAAGUCUGGCCGCCCUCUCAAAUCCAUAAAACAGCGUCUAAAGGGGAAGGAAGGGCGAGUCCGAGGUAACCUGAUGGGAAAGCGUGUGGACUUCUCUGCCCGAACUGUCAUCACCCCAGACCCCAACCUACAGAUCGACCAAGUGGGCGUACCACGAUCCAUCGCGGCCAAUAUGACCUUCCCAGAAAUCGUCACACCCUUUAACAUUGACAGAUUGCAAGAGCUCGUGCGAAGAGGCAACAGCCAGUAUCCCGGAGCCAAAUACAUCAUCCGUGACAAUGGAGACAGAAUUGACCUGCGAUUUCACCCCAAACCAAGUGACCUUCAUUUGCAGAUUGGCUACAAGGUGGAAAGACACAUGUGUGAUGGGGACAUCGUCAUCUUCAACCGACAGCCCACACUACAUAAAAUGUCCAUGAUGGGGCACAGAGUUCGAAUUCUGCCCUGGUCUACAUUUCGACUCAACCUCAGUGUCACCACCCCAUACAAUGCUGACUUUGACGGGGACGAGAUGAACCUCCACCUGCCUCAGUCCCUCGAGACGAGGGCAGAGAUUCAGGAGUUGGCCAUGGUGCCGCGUAUGAUCGUCACCCCCCAGUCCAACAGGCCCGUCAUGGGAAUCGUGCAGGACACCCUCACAGCUGUGCGCAAAUUCACCAAAAGAGACGUCUUCUUAGAGAGGGGUGAAGUGAUGAACCUCCUCAUGUUCCUCUCCACCUGGGAUGGGAAAAUGCCUCAGCCAGCCAUCCUCAAGCCCCGUCCUCUGUGGACAGGCAAGCAGAUUUUCAGCCUCAUCAUUCCUGGACACAUCAAUGUCAUCCGAACGCACAGCACCCACCCCGACGAUGAGGACAGCGGCCCUUACAAACACAUCUCACCCGGAGACACAAAGGUUAUAGUGGAGAACGGUGAGUUGAUCAUGGGCAUCUUGUGUAAGAAGUCUCUGGGAACCUCAGCUGGCUCCCUUGUCCACAUUUCCUACCUGGAGAUGGGUCAUGACAUCACCAGGCUCUUCUACUCCAACAUUCAGACUGUGGUCAACAACUGGCUGCUCAUUGAAGGUCAUUCCAUUGGUAUCGGUGACUCCAUCGCUGAUGCAAAGACUUACCUUGACAUCCAGAAUACCAUCAAGAAAGCCAAACAGGAUGUGAUAGAAGUCAUUGAGAAAGCCCACAACAACGAGCUGGAGCCGACCCCCGGUAACACACUGAGGCAGACCUUUGAGAACCAGGUGAAUCGUAUCCUGAACGAUGCCCGUGACAAAACAGGAUCCUCUGCCCAGAAGUCUCUGUCAGAGUACAACAACUUCAAAUCCAUGGUGGUGGCUGGUUCUAAGGGCUCAAAGAUUAACAUCUCACAGGUUAUUGCUGUGGUGGGGCAGCAGAACGUUGAGGGUAAGCGAAUCCCCUUCGGCUUCAAACACCGCACACUGCCUCACUUCAUCAAGGAUGAUUACGGUCCUGAGAGCAGAGGCUUUGUAGAGAACUCCUACCUGGCUGGCCUGACACCAACAGAGUUCUUCUUCCACGCCAUGGGAGGCAGAGAAGGUCUUAUCGACACAGCUGUCAAGACUGCUGAGACCGGUUACAUCCAGCGUCGUCUCAUCAAGUCUAUGGAGUCUGUAAUGGUGAAGUACGACGGCACGGUCCGUAACUCCAUCAACCAGGUGGUCCAGCUGCGCUACGGCGAGGACGGCCUGGCAGGAGAGAACGUCGAGUUCCAAAACCUGGCAACAGUCAAACCCUCACACAAGGCCUUUGAAAAGAAGUUUAAAUUCGACUGCACCAAUGAGCGAGCGUUGAGGCGAACGCUGCAGGAAGACGUGGUAAAAGACGUGCUGACCAACGCUCACGUGCAGGGUGCCUUGGAGAAGGAGUUUGAGAAGAUGAGGGAGGACAGAGAGAUCCUCCGAGCCAUCUUCCCCACCGGGGACAGUAAGGUGGUGCUGCCGUGCAACUUGGCCAGAAUGAUCUGGAACGCUCAGAAGAUCUUCCGCAUCAACACUCGAACCCCGACAGACCUCAAUCCUCUAAGGGUGGUUGAAGGUGUUCACGAGCUGAGUAAGAAGCUGGUGAUCGUGAACGGUGACGACCCCCUGAGCAGACAGGCCCAGCAGAACGCCACUCUGCUCUUCAACAUCCACCUGCGCUCCACGCUCUGCUCAAAACGUAUGACCGAGGAGUUCCGCCUUUCGACAGAGGCUUUCGACUGGCUGCUGGGAGAGAUUGAGACCAAGUUCAACCAGUCCAUUGCUCACCCAGGUGAAAUGGUUGGCGCUUUGGCUGCUCAGUCGCUGGGAGAGCCAGCCACCCAGAUGACCCUGAACACUUUCCACUACGCUGGUGUGUCUGCCAAGAACGUAACACUUGGUGUGCCCCGUCUCAAGGAGUUGAUCAACAUCUCCAAGAGGCCAAAGACCCCCUCGCUGACUGUUUUCCUGCUGGGUCAGGCAGCUCGUGACGCCGAGAGGGCCAAGGACAUCCUCUGUCGACUGGAGCACACCACGCUGCGAAAGGUGACAGCCAACACCGCCAUCUACUACGACCCCAACCCCCAGAACACGGUGGUGGCCGAGGACCAGGAGUGGGUGAACGUCUACUAUGAGAUGCCUGACUUCGAUGUGACUCGCAUUUCCCCGUGGCUGCUGCGCAUCGAGCUCGAUCGUAAACACAUGACCGAUCGUAAGCUAACUAUGGAGCAGAUUGCGGAGAAGAUCAACGCAGGUUUUGGAGAUGAUCUGAACUGUAUCUUCAAUGACGACAACGCUGAGAAGCUCGUUCUGCGAAUCAGAAUCAUGAACAGCGACGAGAACAAGUUCCAAGAGGAUGAGGAGGUGGUGGACAAAAUGGACGAUGACGUUUUCCUGAGGUGCAUCGAGUCCAACAUGCUGACAGACAUGACCCUGCAAGGCAUAGAGCAGAUCAGCAAGGUGUACAUGCACUUGCCCCAGACGGACAAUAAGAAGAAGAUCAUCAUCACAGAGGACGGUGAGUUCAAGGCCCUCCAGGAGUGGAUCCUUGAGACUGACGGAGUGAGCCUCAUGAGGGUCCUCAGCGAGAAGGACGUUGACCCCGUCAGGACCACCUCCAACGACAUCGUGGAGAUCUUCACGGUGUUGGGAAUUGAGGCUGUGCGAAAGGCUCUAGAGAGGGAGUUGUACCACGUCAUCUCCUUCGACGGUUCCUACGUCAACUACCGUCACUUGGCUCUGCUUUGCGACACCAUGACUUGCCGCGGUCACCUGAUGGCCAUCACACGUCACGGCAUCAACCGUCAAGACACUGGACCCCUCAUGAAGUGUUCCUUUGAGGAGACGGUGGAUGUGUUGAUGGAGGCGUCAUCCCACGGUGAAAGUGACCCCAUGAAGGGUGUGUCUGAGAACAUCAUGCUCGGCCAGCUCGCCCCAGCUGGAACAGGUUGCUUUGACCUGCUGCUGGAUGCGGAGAAGUGUAAAUACGGCAUGGAGAUCCCGACGAACAUACCUGGAAUCAGCGUGGCUGGACCCACUGGAAUGUUCUUCGGCACUGUUCCAAGUCCUAUGAGCGGUAUGUCCCCCGCCAUGACCCCGUGGAACACAGGAGCGACACCGGCCUACGGCGCGUGGUCCCCCAGUGUCGGAAGCGGCAUGACACCUGGAGCAGCAGGUUUCUCCCCGAGUGCAGCUUCAGAUGCGAGUGGCUUCUCUCCGGGCUACUCCCCGGCCUGGUCCCCCACUCCUGGGUCUCCAGGAUCUCCAGGGCCUGCCAGCCCGUACAUCCCAUCUCCAGGUGGAGCCAUGUCACCCAACUACUCACCCACCUCACCCGCCUACGAGCCUCGCUCCCCCGGCGGCUACACCCCUCAGAGCCCGGGCUACUCCCCGACAUCUCCCUCCUACUCCCCCACUUCUCCUUCCUACUCCCCCACCAGCCCCAACUACAGCCCGACAUCUCCCUCUUACUCUCCCACCUCGCCCAGCUACUCCCCGACCUCCCCCUCCUACUCUCCCACAUCUCCGUCUUACUCCCCAACGUCUCCUUCAUACUCCCCCACCUCCCCAUCUUACUCCCCCACCUCCCCUUCCUACUCCCCCACCUCGCCCAGCUACAGCCCCACGUCGCCCAGCUACAGCCCGACCUCACCCAGCUACUCACCCACUUCUCCCUCUUACUCACCCACCUCUCCCUCUUACUCGCCGACGUCUCCAUCCUACUCUCCCACCUCCCCCUCUUACUCCCCCACCUCUCCUUCUUACUCGCCGACAAGCCCGAGCUACAGCCCCACGUCGCCGAACUACACCCCCACCUCACCCAGCUACUCCCCCACCUCCCCCUCCUACUCUCCCACAUCACCCUCUUACUCCCCGACCUCCCCCAACUACACCCCGACCAGCCCAAACUACUCCCCCACCUCUCCCUCAUACUCCCCGACCUCGCCAUCCUACUCGCCCUCCAGCCCGCGUUACACCCCGCAGUCGCCCACUUACACACCCACCUCCCCCUCGUACAGCCCCAGCUCCCCCUCCUACUCCCCCACCUCGCCCAAAUACACCCCGACCUCACCCUCAUACAGCCCCAGCUCCCCAGAGUACACCCCAACCUCUCCCAAAUACUCGCCCACCUCGCCAAAGUACUCCCCGACGUCGCCGAAGUACUCCCCCACCUCCCCCACCUACUCCCCAACCACCCCCAAAUACAGCCCCACUUCCCCUACCUACUCCCCUACCUCCCCGACCUACACCCCCACCAGCCCCAAAUACUCCCCAACCUCCCCGACUUACUCCCCAACCUCACCCAAGUACUCACCCACAUCCCCUACGUACUCGCCAACUAGUCCUAAAGGCUCCACGUACAGCCCCACCUCCCCCGGAUACAGUCCCACCUCGCCCACCUACAGCCCGGCCAUCAGUCCCGACGACAGCGACGAGGAGAACAACUGAUGAGCGGCAGAGAAGAAGGGGAGGAAGCUGAGGAAGGCGCCCACAGAAACCCCGUCACCUCAUGGGGACGACUGAAGGACAGCCGGAGGUGGCGGCUCUUAGCCACAGGGGUCCCAUUUGUGAUUAUUUUUCUUAUUUCUUUGGGGGAAAUCUCCACUUUGGGACCUCUGUAACUGCCCCUCCCCCCUACCUUUCAGUCUUGACCAUCUGAGGGAGUUGCCCCCUUUUACCCUGAGAAAUAGUUAAAACUAUUAUGUGAAAGACUGGAACUGCUUUGCCUGAAGGAGAGAGAAAAAAAAAGGCUGCCUUUUGAAAUAGUUUUUUAAUUUCCACACGGGGUGUCGAAGCAAAACUGCAAAUCCCAAGAGGGAAUGAAAAGGAGAGGAAGAUGUGGUGAACACAUAAGGGGAGGAGAAAAAAAAGUCCCUUUUUAACUUUAUAGUGUACUGCAUCCAGUCUCUCUCUUGUUCUCAAUCUAAACGUUGGGUGUAUAGCUGUUUUUUGGAGAGCGUACAUAUUGCCAAAAGCCUUUUUCGAAAAGUGGAUUGUAAAUCGCUAAAGCAUAAGCUCUAAAGAAAACGGAGGAGUUAAAUGGUUUAGACUUUGUUUACCGCAUAUUUCACCAAGGUGUAUCUUGUUAGAUCUCUCGCCGCUUUCGUGAAAAGUACAGUUGUUGGCUGUCUUUUGUGGAUGAGAGAAGCUGAAGUGUUUGUCGUAUUUUAGAAGAUUAGCUCAGAUCGUCUGCGCUAUAGUGGACGAAGACAAGCCGGAUGACGAGCGGAAAAACACACACACACACACACACACACACACACACACACACACACACACACACACACACACACACACACACACACACAGAGGAUAGGAGAGAGAGAAACUGGUUUGCAGGGGGAGAAGAAAUUUCACUCCGAACAUCAUUUAACUACAUAAGUGUACGUACCCAUCGCCCUCCCCUACUUUCCUCCUUCACACCCCAAAGACAAACCUGAAAGAUGUCAUGAUAAACACCCACCAGCACCCUCUUGUCCUCUACCAUUUUGGAGACUUGUGCAUCAAAAGCAAAAAAAAAAAAAAAAAAAAAAAAAAAAAAAGAAAAAACACUUUUCCAGAUAAUAUUCUUCCCUCGACACUGGGAAUUUAAAGAUUUAUAUGAAAAAAAAAUACUGUCAGAAUGAUUAUUCUGUCUUUAAUUUUUGAUUCUAGGAAGAAAUGGGGCGCACGUGGACGAGGGAUACUAGUUUGGCGUUGCUGCUUUUGUCAUUGUUUGCAUGAGUAGCACAUGUUAAUACAUUUUAAUCAAGCUUUAGGUUGAUUUUUUUUUUUUUUUUUUUUCAAAUCCCUCCCACUUCGUCCCAUUUCUGAUAGCUGACAUGUACGCAGGUUUUCACUUUAUUUGGACUAUUCAAUUUAUUUAAGAAAACUACUAUUCUGUGUGAAUAUGAAUAGAGGAAAAUUAAGAAUUUUUUUUUUUUUUUUGCUUUUUUUUCUCGUUUUGCUUUUGGUGACUUUGUAAACCUGUUUGCAGGAGGCUCAUGUUCAGAUACUGUGGAUGAAGAGUCGGGGGACGGAGGGGAGUGUUGGGUUUUUUUUUUUUUUUGGUUUUUCUUUUUCUUUAGUCGCCCUCGUUCUUCCCAACAGUCUGAGCAGAGUUGCCGCGGCGACCACUGCUCUUUUUACUAACAUUUGUACAAAGUGUUGCACGCUGUCACCAGGUCGUGACGUCGCUUCGGUUAAAGGGCAAAAAAAAAGAAAGAAGAAAAAAAAAAAAAAAAAAAGUUCAGCGCUCAGUUUUAAGGUUUUCACUUCUCGGGACGCUAGAGGGCAACAUUUGUCCUCCUGGUGACCUUUUUUCAUUUUCUUUUAAACAGAGAUUGUCCAAAGAAACAGCACUUUUGGCCUCUCGAUUUAAAAAAUAAUAAUAAUAAUAAUCUUACCCACUACAUUAGUGUGAACUUUGUUUUGAGUAUGGGUGCUUUCUGACAUGACUCUACCUAGUUGGACUGAUUUUAGGGAACCGUCUGUCCGCCUGAUGAUGACAAUGGAAACAUGUUUUUCUCUCCUCGUUCCAUUUGAUCAUUCGACACAGUUUUUUCAAAAUUCUUGGACUAGCUGGGUCUCCUCCCUCCUCCCUUCUUCAUCCACAAGUGAUCCUCAUUUCUGAAAUCAGUGUUUCUUUUUUUUUUUCUACCAGUGUAUGUACCUGUGACUAUGGGAAUCAUGGGGAGGGGGGGAGGGCGGGGUGUGUUGGAUCUGACUGGGAGUCCUGAUUGGAUUAAAAAAUACCACCGGUAAUCUUUUGGGUUAUGUUCUGAAAAUGUUCAAACUAUUUGUCGAGAUUUUUUGUGAAACAAAUGUCGCUUCCGAAAUGGUCUUGAAUUGAACAGACUGCCAUCUUCUGGCCUUUUGAGAUGAAGCAGGUUUGGGAUUUGCACUUCAGUAAAUAUUGUGGUGGACUUAAAGCCCCCAGAUAUUGUGAUAUUUUGUCCACUUCGGUUGCAUCCAAUCCUCUUGUCUUAACUGUGCGCUGUCCAGUCAAUUCAAGACAAUCAGGACUCCCAGGUUGGUAUGAAUGUCUUGAGUGUGUGUACGCGUGUGCGGUCAGUGUGUGCGUCCGAGGGCGAGACAGGGUUUUCAAGCUGAGGAAGACUUCACGUGUCUGGGCAAAGGAAGGUUUAACUUAAAAUUGCCACUGUAUAGAAAUCAAUUCAUUAUCUCAUUCUCUGUAUCUUUGUUCUGUUUGUUUUUUGACUUGGAAAAAAUGAAUAAAAGUUUUACUACA